AGCGAGAGAGAGAGCGAUUGAGGAGGAGUAGAAGGAAGUGUUCAAACACGCACUACCCUUUCCUCUCUAUUUGUGCUGACACUGAAAUCUCUCCUCACAAUACUCCAAACUUACAGCAAACUCUAUCCCAACUCUAUUCUACAGGUAGCAAAGUCCCUUCUGGAUUGAAGAGCAGCCCUUCACUCGCACGGCUCACACUCUCAGAUUCAUCAGGAUGUGGAUGGUGCUGCUGGGACUCGUGUCUGGAUUACUGGCCUCCUCCAGAUCAGAGGCGACCGCAGUUGUCAGGUUGGUGAAUGGAUCCAACCUCUGUUCUGGAAGAGUGGAGGUUCUCCACAAUGGAAUAUGGGGAACAGUGUGUGAUGAUCUGUGGGAUUCUACAGACGCGGCAGUGGUGUGUAGAGAACUGGGCUGUGGGAGUGUUAUUGAAGCAAAGAGUUCUUCUUAUUUUGGACGAGGUUCUGGAAAAAUAUGGUUGGAUGAUGUCCAGUGCCAUGGGAAUGAAUCUUCACUGAAAAACUGUUCAUCAAAUAGAUGGGGAUCACAUAACUGUGGGCACAAUGAAGAUGCUGGAGUCCUCUGCCAAGUUGCCAGGUUGGUGAAUGGACCCAACCUCUGUUCUGGAAGAGUGGAGGUUCUCCACAAUGGAACAUGGGGAACAGUGUGUGAUCAUCUGUGGGAUUCUACAGACGCGGCAGUGGUGUGUAGAGAACUGGGCUGUGGGAGUGUUAUUGAAGCAAAAAAUGCUGCUUAUUUUGGACAAGGUUCUGGACAAAUAUGGUUGGAUGAUGUCCAGUGCCAUGGGAAUGAAUCUUCACUGAAAAACUGUUCAUCAAGUGGAUGGGGAUCACAUAACUGUGGGCAUGGUGAAGAGGCUGGAGUCAUCUGCCAAGAUGUCAAGUUGGUGAAUGGACCCAACCUCUGUUCUGGAAGAGUGGAGGUUCUCCACAAUGGAACAUGGGGAACAGUGUGUGAUGAUCUGUGGGAUUCUACAGAUGCGGCAGUGGUGUGUAGAGAACUGGGCUGUGGGAGUGUUAUUGAGGCAAAGAGUUCAGCUUAUUUUGGACAAGGUUCUGGACAAAUAUGGCUUAAUAAUGUCCAUUGCCAUGGGAAUGAACCUACAUUGAAAAAUUGUUCAUCAAGUGGAUGGGGAUCACAUGACUGUGAGCACAAAGAAGAUGCUGGAGUCAUCUGCCAAGCGUCUACUCCAGUUCUCUGGACACAAACCAGUGCCACAGUGAGCCCAGUGGAGGACAAUGAGACCGAUCAGACAGACGAUACAAACUAUACAGAGCAUAUAGAGGAGUCCACAACCUCACAACCAACUACACACACCACAGAGCUGGCAAUGAGCGAGAGAACACCAGCCAAUAAAACAGUUUCAGGAGUUGUCAACCCAAUCAACAUGUCUUCGGGAUCAGAUACGGUCAUGUCAUUAAAAUGGCUGGUCAUUUUAUUGACAAUGUUGGCAGUUCUUCUCAUUGUGCUUUUCUGUGUUAUUGUAGCAAGAAGAAAAAGAUGGUGUGGCAAGAAACAGAGCAGCAGUACACAAAACGGUGCAUCAGCGUCAAUCACUCGGGAGCAGGAGAUGGACACGCUCAUCAACACUGAAUAGAUCAUGAGAAAGAGCAACUCAGAGCUUGUCAACAUCAAUCUGGAUGAGCCAACAGAGAAAACAUUAUAAAACAUGACCAGAGAAAGUGAUAGAAAAAAAAAGAGAGAAACUUUGAGACUAAGGGCCAGAUUUACUAAAUGGGGCAAAUUAGCGUGCAGAUGGGAGUGGCAAGUAUUGCACAUGAUCUACUGCUGAUCUAAUGCAAAUUAAAGAACACAGACGCAGUCAAAUCAUUUAUGGUCAUAAUGACCAACGCAAUCUACCAACAGUGCAAAGUAGCCUUGCGUCACAAAUAAGCAGAGCUGAUGCACUCAUCAGGUGCGGGUCGACACAGGCACAACUUGUUACCUGUAAUAUACGGAUAAUGUCUUCCUCUGGCAUUCAAAAUAAAUUAAUACGAGUGGAAAAUAUUUUCUCCCUUUUACCACAUGCUCUCUGUUCUCUGCGGUGUCAAAAAAAAGAGGGUUUGCACUGGCACAGUCUGUUAGUAUAUCUGGCCCUGUGUGUAUUCAUUUUAUAUUUCAGUAUUAAGUGAUUUUUAAUUUUACACUUGUGUAUAUGUGAAAACUGAUUUUUUUUCCCCAGUGGCUUUGCUUGGUAUAACAACACUGGUGAAAUCAGUGCUUGUCAGAUGAUAGACGCAACUAAGAUUGUUCAAUAAACUCAGUUGUUUCCAUCA